CUUGUCUCCCUUUCUGCAUAUGCUGCCCUCGGCAUAGCUUGACCUUCUCUGUCCCUGCCUUUCUCUCUGUCUUUAUUCUUUCUCUUACUCUCUCUCUCUUUUACUCGCUCUCUCCUUUCACUCCGUCCUUAUUCUCAGUCUCUCCCUCUCUCUAUCUGCAGGUGUGGAGCACCGCAGCCUGAGGCUUUAAAGAAGGACAAAGCCUCUGCUGAGGGUGAGAACACAACGCUGUGGGAGAGAGUAGAGGAGAGAAGGAAGAGAAGGAGAGAGGGAGGGAUAGAUACAGUGCAGUAAGGGAGUCUGGUAGAACUGGUGAUUCAUCCAGGUGUGGAGAAGUAGACUGUGUUUUCACCCCACCUUCCUGACUAGCUGAAGUUGUUGAAAGGAAAGAGCGAUGGAGUCUUUUGCAGGAGAUGCGGAGGGCAGCGCUGAUGACCUUACAGGAGGAAAGAGGAAGUCCAAGCUGAAGACCCUGAAGACACGUCUGUUUGGGAGAUCCAAAAGAGAGACCAAACUCAGCCAGUCUACUGGUGAUGUCACUGAGGCGGAGGGGCUGGGCUCAGCUGAGCAUCUGUGUUCAGGCGUGUUGGGAUCACGGGCGUUGUCACAUGACAGUAUCUUCUUGGCCGACCAGGAUCUGUCUAAUCCGGAGCAGCCCAGGGUUCUAUCCCAGGAGAACGUCCAAGGCAGGAUCAAAGAACUCCAGAUGAAGCUCCAGCAGCAGAACAUGCGUCUAGGUCCGUCCCCAAUGGUCCUGCCAAUCAAACGUCCAGAGGACCUGGGGGGCAGCUCAGAGGACGAUGGUCUGCCCCACAGCCCUCCCGAAAUCUCCAUGGGUGACAACAGACACCCCCGGGGGGCAUCUUACAAGUUCCCUGCCCCGCCCAGGCACCAUAGCUCUCUGAGUUUAGCAGGAACAGGAAGUGAGGAGGAAGAGCAGGCCACCUCCCAACCCUUGUCCCAUCCCCUCUCUCCCAUGCCCAAACCUCCUCUUACCAGUUUUGUGCACCCCACCCCAUCUGCCCCCCUCUCUGCCUUCUCCCCUGCCUCUCCUGCCUUGGAUUUCAGCACCCCAGCCCAGUUCACCCCCUCCCUGGAUAACUCUGCCGCCCGCCACCGUAUGUCCAUCAAGCCCAGGAACCAGAGGGCCAGUGCCAAGAACAAAAGGCUGACCAUGACUGAAUCGAGACCACGCUCAGAGAGUCUUAACAACUUUGAUCGGCCCUUGACAGAGGAGGAAGAGGACGGGCCUGCUAUUACCGGGGGUAAAACACGUUUACGUUCUCACUCUACCCUGAUCCAAAAGUUGGAGCAAGGGGGAUUGACCACCCCCACUGCACCCCCAGAGCUGACAUCCCUUAAGUCUGGUCCCAUAGAGGCUGAGGGGUGCCCAAAAACCUCCACCUCCACCCCAACCCUGCGCUGCAAGCCCUCUCCACAGGAGCAGCCCCAUCCUUGGGUUGCUCUGAGACCAGUGGAAAUUGUGCCAGGCAAACAGCCACAGUCCUCCUCUGUGACCACAGUACAGGACCUGAGAUACACUUCACAACAGCAGACCCUGAAACUGUCCCUGGGAGACCCCAAGCCCUCAGCCCCGUCCCAAACCAAGAGGGACGUCCUGAGCAAAAGUGGUGUGAAAGAUUCAACCACCAGCACCGAGGGUAGCCCCAAAGAAAACCCAGUCCCGGCCGCCCAGCCCGCAGCUAGCCUGGCCUCGGUGGUGGAUCUCAGAACAUCCUCUCUGAGGUGGAAACCAGAGGCUUUGGCUGCUGGUCAGGGUACCACAGAGCCACCUGCUGGGCAGGAGGACGCAGGUCAGACAGAGCCAAGUCCAGUCUCUGGAUCCUUCCGCUUCUCCAUCAACUCUGCCAGGGAGCGGGAGAGACCCAGGACGGGAAGUGGUGGUUUCUUGGGAGUGGUGGAGCAGGCUGGGGCUGGGGCGAAGAGGGAGGGGAGGGAGAAGGGGACAGAGGUGAAGUUGAUCUCCUCAAACGUCAGCCAGAGGGGGCAGGAGCAGCAUGGGGGCAGGCAAGAGGGAGCCAAGCCCAAAGAAGAGGAGUUGACUACCAACGAUAUCGGGGAGAAAGUCUCGGAAGGCGAGGAGGUGGAGGAGGAGAGCAGGGAGGGAGUGGAGGAGGCAGUGGAAGCAAAGGAGGAGGCACAGGAAGAGGAGGAAGAGGGGAAAUCGGCAUUUGGCGUGAAGCUUCGCUCCACCUAUCUCUCUCUGAGGGUCCGGGCGGAGUCAGCCACCAGCCAAUCAGAUCUUAAGAUUAACCGUCAAAGUCAGGAGGUGGGUGCUCUCCCUCUUACCCCUUACACCCUUUCCUCAAAACCCACCGGGCUUGAGGAGCUACAGGACACCCCGCCAACCAACUCAAUGCCCAAAAAGCUCCAUACAAACACCUGGGAUGCCCCAACAACACUGUCUUCACCGAGGGGGAGAGCUGGCUCCCUCAGAGAAGCAGUAACCUCAGCCCAGCCUACCCCCUCACCUCUCACUAAAGAGGCCCAAACCACCCCAGCUAUCCCUAAGGUGGUCCAAACUACCCCUGUCCCAGCCAUGGAAGCCCACACUACCUCUUCAGCCACUCAAGACCCCACGACUGGCCCCCAGGCACCCCCCAAGGCUACCGUAUCCUGGAUGAGCAUGGCAUGGGGGAAGACCAGGGGCCUCCAGCAGCUCUUCACCAGCAGUCUACCCAGAGAGUUCACCGGCAUGCAGUCCCCAACUCAACCGCAAUGUCAGACUACAACACAACCACAGACGUCGUCACUGGCUCAGAUCAUGACACAAACUCAGAGACAGAAUGCAACACAACCACAGACACAGACGACAAUGCCACCACAGGCUCAGACCGCAGCACAACCACAAUCACAGACCCCAAUGCAACCCCUGACUGCUAAACUACUGCAGUCACAUAAUUCAGCACAACCACCACAGACAGCCGCACAAACACCCACACAGACCACAAAACAACAGCAGACUGACAAAACACCACAGACACAGAACACAACACAACCACAGACAGUGACCCAACCAUCAACACAGAACACAAAACCAUCAACACAUGUGUCAAACCAAACCAAUACUCGGGCAGCACAACCAACCACCGCCCCUCAACCGCUAGCACAAUCUACCCUAAGUUCUGUGUCUCGGGUGACCUCACCAUCCAACCUACGAGCAACCCAGCACCCCCUGCGCUCCACUCCACAGACCCAAGCCCAAGCCACACUACGAUCUGUCCCAAUGGGUGCCACUUCCACUCAGCCCCUGGCCUCGUCUUCCCUCUCUUCAAGCCCAAGCUCCACACCCAGCCAGCGCCCCUGGAGCACACGAGGUCCCAACCCUACUCCUCAGCCCAAACCAGCCUUAGCCCCAACAACAACCGCAGCCCCAGUCCAAGCCACAGUCCCAGCACUAGGGAGAGGUGAGAGGAGUGAGAAGAGUGAGGAGGCGGCUGUGCCAACAGAGAAGUGGGUGGACCGGGACAGGCCAGGGACUGUGGGAGGGAGGGCAGCCUUUCUGGAGAAACGGGCGGAGUGGACGCCUCUUGCUGGGAGCAAGGUGGAGCUAAGGAGAACGAGGACCCCACCUGAGUCUCAGCCCACAGCUGAAUCUGCUGCUCCUUCCAAAACGCCACCCACUCACAGAGACACUAAAGUCGCUAAACUUGAUGGGAGGCCAGAAUCAAACCCAACCAAAGUGGUAGGCAGGCUUGCAGACAGAGAGCACAAAUGGCUGAGAAAGAACAUGGCAACGUCGUCAUCUCCUUCAUCAUCACCUUCGUCAUCAUCCCCCCUGCAGACCAUCUCUGACAGCGGGGGGCAGCCAUCUUGGAUGGAAUUGGCCAAGAGGAAGUCAAUGGCCUGGAAUGACAAGACCAUGGACUGAUAGAAUGAGAAAGAAAGAAAGAAAGAAAGAAAGAAAGAAAGAAAGAAAGAAAGAAAGAAAGAAAGAAAGAAAGAAAGAAAGAAAGAAAGAAAGAAAGAAAGAAAGAAAGAAAGAAAGAAAGAAAGAAAGAAAGAAAGAAAGAAAGAGAAGGGGAGAGGGAUAAGGAGAGAGAGAGGGAGCGUUAGGUGGAGGGGGGGGAAUAUAGAGAUAGGGAGAGAUACAGAAAGAGAGGGGGAGUUCCUUAUUUUAAUGCACUUAUUGUUAGUUGCUAUAGACAAGAGUGUCUGCUAAAAUGACUCAAUUGCAAGUUGUGAGAGUGGUAGAGACGGAGCAAGACAGAGGGAGAGAAACAGCAACAACAGUAGUGAUGGGAAUGUAGAGCGAGUGAAGGACAAAGUGAGAUGUUGAGUUCAUUGAAGUGGAAUUGAAUUGACCUUGGAAGCAAAAGGUAUAGGUAAGCUGUAAAAUCUGCUUCCCUUGAAUGUACAGGCUUUCUUUGUCUGUGAUUUUUUUUUGUAUUGUAUGUUUGCGUAUGGGAUGACCAUGAUGUAGAAUGGUUCACUAUCUUUGAAUUCUUAAGUUUUCUGUCUCUCUUGGUUUUGAUCCAAACAUAUUUUGUCCCAAACACUGGGCUUAUGUUAGAGAUGGGAAAAAUAUUAUUGAUAUAUUGUUUGAAUAAUAUUUUAAUUAUAUCUCAGAAAUAAAUAAUGUAUAAGAUAUUUAUGAAAUUAAUAAAUGCUUAUGUAUGUGA